UGAGUUUCUUUUUCUUUUUUCAAAAGCACUUUGCGUGAUGGAAAUGGAACAAACAAACCACCCACUAGCAAGAUCACCUUUCACAAAUUAAUCAAAAAGAAAAAAAUUUAAAAAAAAUAAAGAAAACCAUAAAAAGAAAGCCCAUGUUUUACUCUGCCAUUCCCAAAGCCGAUACUCUUUAAAAAUUUGGUGGAAGCAGUAGAAUCUUUAAAAGCUCUCUUUUUUCCCUUCUUUUUCCAUUGUUUUCAAACCAUAAAAACCUAACCCUAACAGAGCAGCUGAAACUAACAUCACCCAUGGCGGCACCGAUCUGGCUAUGGGCUUUCUGUGUAUCCCUGACUCUGAUUCCGUCUGUUUUCGGGAACUCAGAAGGCGAUGCUCUUUACACUUUGAGAAGAAGCUUAACGGAUCGGGAUAACGUGCUCCAGAGCUGGGAUCCGACCCUUGUUAAUCCUUGUACUUGGUUCCACAUCACUUGUAACCAAGAUAAUCGAGUCACCCGAGUGGAUUUAGGUAAUUCAAACCUAUCUGGACAUUUGGUUUCUGAGCUUGGGAAACUUGAGCACCUGCAGUAUCUGGAACUUUACAAAAAUAACAUUCAAGGAACCAUCCCUACUGAACUUGGGAACUUGAAGAACCUCAUCAGUUUGGACCUAUAUAACAACAACAUCUCUGGGACCAUUCCUCCUUCACUAGGAAAUUUGAAGUCUCUUGUAUUCUUGCGGCUUAAUGACAACAGGUUAACUGGACCUAUCCCUAGGGAAUUUGUCAGUAUUUCAAGCCUCAAAGUUGUUGAUGUCUCAAACAAUGAUUUGUGUGGAACAAUUCCUACCAGUGGACCAUUUGAGCAUAUUCCUCUGAACAACUUUGAGAAAAACCCUCGACUCGAAGGUCCAGAGUUGCUGGGGCUUGCAAGUUAUGACACAAACUGCUCAUGAAUGACCGAGUGACGCUGCAAAAGCUUUGGAUUAGAUAUGCACUCACAAAAUUUUAAGUGUAUUGUUACACAGUAUAAUGGGGUUUGUGAAAGUGUCUGUAAAUCUGAAUACCAACUUAACUGUAUUAGCAUUUGUAACCGAAUUAUCCUGCUCUUUGUAUGUUGUUCAAGACAACUAGUAUCGAUGUAAUGGCAGUGACAAGUUUUCUUC